UCCAUGCGGCCAUAUUUGUUUUUGUGAUAGUGAUGAAACUCGUAAUCGGUAAACCAAAAAUCGGUAAUUUUAACGGAGACAUGAGAAAGAUAGCAUCUUCUCAUUGGCCCGGUAGAUGGCGCCAAAUUUAAAUAAGUGCCUAAAGAAUGUCGUGCAUGAAUUCGUGAUUGUGGAGAGGUAAGUAGGCGCCCGCAGUGAGGACUCCCGGCUCAACUCCCGUUAUAAUGAACACCACUUGUUGUCUGCGCGGGCAGUGCGUCGACCGCACGCCCUUCCAUUCACGCGAAUGUGUCAUCUUCACGUUCGGUCGAAAUUUCGCAUAUAAAUCUGUGCCACAAAAUAAGUUUUGUUUAUAUCAGUUUUAAACAGUUCAUACAAAAUGCUUCCAUGGAGUUUGUCAUUAUACAUUUGCUUGGUAUGGAUAGCAUGCUGCGUUGCAGAUUGCGGUCCGCGGCUGAAAUAUGCUUGGGGCGACGCGCUUCAAGGCACAGACUGUCCAGGCCCCGAUGGAACUCCUUAUCCUAGACAUCUAGUAAAUCGAGCCCUGAAGACCGGUCCUUGGGGUUCUAGCGUGCGGCAGGGUCGCGGCAUGAAGACCCUGGACCCGACGCUGAUGAGGAGAGCAUUACUGGACGCCCAUGAAGGGUAUUCCGAAGCAAAGGCCAGGGCUCAAAGUGGCAAUAGAACAGGUCGUGCCUCGACACUCCCAGGCCUAUCAGCUUCAACGAACUCCUGCAGCGGGUCCAGGCUAUGUAGAACCCGGUACAACACCACGGCGCCUAUGUACGGGGUGUCUCUAACGUCUGGACAGCCUGUCACGAUAGUCCAGAAGUUUCCUGAUUUGUUACAGCAGGUCGUCUUUGAAGUUUGCGAAUCAAGCGAAUGCUCUUUAGUCCGUGGGUCGUGUACCCAAACGUACGUGCCUUAUCUCUUCCUGGUUCUCCCUCUAGGGCCCGUGACCCUCACAGGGCAGGACUACGUUCUCGUGGAGUCAGGAUGCGUCUGCCGACCAGACCCCAUGCCAUAGGCUAGGUAAUGUGUUAGGAAAAUUGUUUAUUGUAUAUCCUAUUCAGAGGUCGCAUUCGCUGUCGUGUUCAAAAAAAAAAUAUUAUCUAAUUAUUUGCAUUCCAAGUGUCAGUUUUUUAAUUUUUUUUGUCUAUGGUAUUAAGAUAAUGACAGUUCUUGUUUGAAUAAUUGGGACUCGUAAUUUUUUAAAUGUCUCUAUUAAUAUCUCAGUGCGUUAGUAGUUAGUGCAAUUCUAUCAUAAAGCCCAACAACUGACUGAAACAGCUAUCAGUGUCUUCAAGACUGGUGGCUCUGCCUACACCGCAAGUGAUAUAGACGUAGGUGCGUAUGAUGAUAAAUAAUUAUUAUAAAACAGCUAAUUAUGGCUGGUUUUAUUAAUAAAGAAUAACUUUAAUUAAAAAAAUAAAUGAAAAAAAUUAUAAAUGUUGAAAUAAUUACUAAAACUAUGGAAUCAAUAGAUGAGAUUUAUUUUUGUGAAUAAGACAGCAUGUGAUUUAGUCGAAUUUUCAAAACGAUCGAAAUGUUUUGUAUACAAAACGUAAUGCAUUUAUUUUUAAUUUUAAUAGAACUAUCUAGAUGUUAAAAAUGUAACGAAGUGUUUGGCCAUUUAUUUUUAAUACUUAUUAAAAAAAUAUUCUGGCCAUGCAAGCUCAAAAUAUAUUAAGAUGGUACUUAUAUAUGUACUAGAAAAGUGAUGAAUGUAUUAAUAUAAAUACGUAUUAAAAAUCAGUAUUUAUGGGCAAAAAAGCAAGAAAAACUAUAUAUAAAUGGUAAAGGAAUCUAUUGGUCUAAAUCUAAGGGUCCAAAUAUUUUUUAUUUUCGGUUUCUGUAAAAUCGCCGGAAAAUUGGUUUAUUCAUACGAAUUUGUCGGCCAUUUUGUGGUUUUUAACGUUAUAGACUGAAUUUUUUUGUUAAUUUAUUUUAUUAGAUAUUUAUUCUUACACGAGCUGUUGUAUUUAUUUACAA